CUCAGCUCAGUCCCUCUCCCUCUCUUCUAUCGCACAGACAAUUUUGUCAUCUAGGCCACACAUGACACGCCAUCUCCCACAGGCCACAUCUCUCUCAACAAAAGACAGGCAGCCUGCAGUUGCACGGCCUCUCUCUCUCUCUCCCGGAGUAUCAUCUGCGUCGACCUCUCUCCACAAAGCUAAGCUAGCUGUUGAGUCUUGAGUUCGUGUGAAUUGCCAAGUAGAACAGAAGCACGAGCUAGCUCUAGGCUGUCUUGCUGCCUACUUGGUACUUCAUAUAUACAUACAUACAUACGCACCAGAGGGAGGGAGGGAGAGAGAGGGGUAGUCAUGUGCGACUACUACUUGCAGAGGGUGGAGGGCGACCAGCAGGCCGGAGACCUCACCGACAUCGUCCGAGCCGGUGGGGCCAUGCCGGCUGGCUCUGCCGAUCCCCCGUCCACGGCCACCGAGUGGCUGCAGCUCCCGACUGACCCGAUCCUCUUCCCGCCGCCCCAGUCGUCCUCAGACGGCGCCGGGCCGAGCGGGGCCGACGCCGACGCCUUCGGUGACCCGUUCUCCGGCCUCCCCGACCCCUUCGGCACGGACUACCCUUCCUCUUCCGGAAGUGCCGCCGCCGACUUCUUCGAUGCCGUCCAGAACGCGAUGGAUGUCGGCAUGGCCAAGCAGGUUGGCUUCGUCGGCACGACCGGCUGCGGCGGCGGUGGAACAACUGCUGGUGCUGGUGGCGGGUUCCUGGACAUGAGGAAUCACCAUAUGUUUCCAAGGGAGAUGCCGAUGUGCGGGCUGUCCCCGAGGGCCAUGGGGCCGUACGCGCUGAUGGGCGGUGGCGCGGCGAAGCUCGGCGUGCCGAUGGCGGGGCACGGGCAGACGGCUGGCCCGUGCGCGUUCGACUCCGUCGCAGGGCUGCAGAUGUCGUCGUCCCCGCGCGGCGGUGGGAUCAAGCGCAGGAAGAACCAGGCAAGGAAGGUGGUCUGCAUCCCAGCACCUGCAGCAGCAGUGGCCGGGAAGACCACUGGGGAGGUUGUUCCUUCUGACCUGUGGGCUUGGAGGAAGUAUGGCCAGAAGCCUAUCAAAGGCUCCCCCUACCCAAGAGGGUACUACAGAUGCAGUAGCUCCAAGGGAUGCCCUGCACGGAAGCAAGUGGAGCGCAGCCGGACGGACCCCAACAUGCUGGUCAUCACCUACACAUCGGAGCACAACCACCCGUGGCCAACGCAGCGCAACGUGCUCGCCGGCUCCACGCGGUCCCACUACGCCAAGAACAGCAGCAACACAGCUGCAGCUUCGUCCAAGAACAGCAAGAACUCUUCGCGCACCCAGCACAAGCCAGUCGUCAAGGCAGAAUCAAAGGAUCUAUCCGCCACCACCCAGGCCGUCACGAGCACGACCACCACGGCGACCACGAGCACCGGCAACAAUACAUCACCGAUGCCUGUGAAAGAAGAGGCAGAAAUGGAGAGAAGGAUAGGCGGUGAAACUCCAGCAACGGUGGGUUAUUACAGUGACCAUCUCCUGCAGCAGAUGUUCAGCCAGAGUUACAGGCCGAUGACGCCUGAGGAGGCCGGCGGCUACCAUCACCAAGACGACUUCUUCGCCGACCUCACAGAGCUGGACUCGGACCCCGUCAGCCUCAUCUUCUCCGCGGAGUACAUGGAGGCCAGACCUGACAAGGAGAAGGCAGCAGCCAUGGACGGCGUCGAUUCCUUAUUCAUGACGGACUGGGCGCCUGCUAGUGCUGCUGCUGUUACUACUUCUGCAGGGAGCUCAUUUGAGCAAGGGGGCAUAGGUUUUUGAGUUUUGACAUCAGUUAGUUACCUUAAAACAUACCAGCAGGCUUGGACAAUCGAUGCAUGUGUAAGUGCAAACACCACAUUUGAGGACAUCUCUAGCUAGAUACAGGCUUGAAAUAACCUUGAUGAUGACAAUAGCAAAAGAAGAAGAAGAAAAGAACAUAUGGGGUUUCUCUCUUAAA